UUACCUGCCAGGAAGAAGGGAAAGGCAUCUGAACAUAAAGAUCAGCUCUCCCGGCUGAAGGACAAAGAUCCUGAAUUUUAUAAGUUUUUGGAAGAAAAUGAUCGCACGUUGCUGAAUUUUGAUGCUUCAGACAGUUCUGACGAGGAGGAGGGGGUGCACAUACCACCCGAUACACUGGAGGAAGCAAGUGAUGAAGAUGAGGAAGAAGAACAUGAAACAGUCAAACGGAAGAGAGUUUGUUUCAUCCCUGUGAGCUUGAAAAUGGUUGAAGAAUGGAAAAAAGCUGCAGAGCGAAGGCUAACACCAAAACUUUUCCAUGAAAUCACUCAAGCCUUUAAAGCAUCUGUAGCAACCACCAAAGGAGAUAAUGGUGGGGCUGAUCCUAGCAAGUUUCAAGUCACUGAUGCUGCAGUGUUCAAUGCCCUUGUGUCCUUCUGUGUCCGGGACCUCUUCCGCUGCCUGCAGAAGCUGCUUCUUCUGAAAACCCCAAAGAACAAACAAAAAAUGGUUCUCCCCUCCACCAGCCCACUGUGGAGCAAGCUGCGACUGGAUGUAAAAGUGUACCUCAGCUGUACUAUACAACUCCUGUCUUGUUUAACAGAAGCCUCAGUUGGUGUAGCAGUCCUUCAGCAUGUCAUUUCCAUAGUGCCUUAUUAUUUGUCCUUUCCAAAGCAGUGCCGUGCGCUUCUCAAGCAAGCAAUUAAUUUGUGGAGCACGGGUGAGGAAACAGUGAGAGUACUGGCCUUCCUUGUGCUGAACAAAAUCUGCCGCUACAAGAAAGAGGUGUACCUAAGUCCCUUGCUGAAGCAAAUGUACAUAGCGUUUGUGAAGAAUUCCAGAUUCACUUCUCCCAAUGUCCUGCCCAUGAUCAACUUCAUGCAGCGCACACUGACAGAGAUGUAUGCCCUGGACACCCACACCUCUUACCAGCAUGCCUUCAUCUAUAUCCGUCAGCUUGCCAUUCACUUGCGCAGUGCAAUGACAGUAAAGAAGAAGGAGAACUUCCAGUCUGUUUAUAACUGGCAGUACAUCCACUGCCUGUAUUUCUGGUGUCGGGUUCUCAGCACCAUCUAUCCCAGUGAGGUCAUGGAGCCAUUGAUCUAUCCUUUGACGCAGGUCAUCAUUGGCUGUAUAAAGCUGGUACCAACGUCUCGUUUCUACCCUCUGCGUAUGCACUGCAUCCGUGCACUUACACUGUUGUCUGAGAACACCAGGACCUUCAUCCCAGUGUUGCCAUUUAUCCUGGAGGUUUUCCAACAAGUGGAUUUCAAUAAGAAGCCAGGACGUAUAAGUGCUAAACCUAUAAACUUCGCAGUGAUCUUGAAGCUUUCCAAUGCCAACCUGCAGGAAAAGGCCUUCCGAGAUGGACUCAUUGAACAGCUCUACGACCUGCUGCUUGAAUAUGUCCAUUGCCAAGCCUACAGCAUUGGAUUCCCAGAGUUGGUUCUCCCCACUGUCAUUCAGCUGAAAUUUUUCCUGAAGGAAUGCAAGAUUGCCAACUACUGCAAGCCUAUCCGGCAGCUCCUGGAGAAACUGCAGGAAAAUUCUGCCUACAUCGCCAGCAAGCGUCAGAAAGCUACCUUCGGCGUGGCCAGCAGGGAGUCUGUGGAACAAUGGGAAAAGCAGGUCAAAGAGGAGGGGACACCUCUGACCAAGUACUAUACUCAGUGGAAGAAGCUAAGAGAGAAGGAGAUACAACUGGAAAUCAGCGGCAAAGAAAGACUUGAAGACUUGAACUUCCCAGAAAUUAAGCGUAAGAAGCAAGACGAAAGCAAGGAAGAAGAUAAGAAGGAAUUCAAGGACCUCUUUGAUCUGGACAGUGACUCUGAUGAGGAGAAUGUUGGAUUCCCUAUAAAAGGUAAAGCCAAAGCCAAAGCCAAGCAAGAUGACAGCUCAGAAGCAAGCAGCAAGGACUAUGACGAGGAUGAUGAUGAAGAAGAAGGAAAGUAUGAAAUCGAGGAGGACGAGGAAGAAUUGGAAGACGACAGUGACUCAGAUGAUGAAGGCAAGGAACCUGCUCGGGUUUCCCAAGGGUCACAGAAGCAGAGGAGCUGCACUCGUGGGAUGUCACGAGCUGACCUGGAACAGCUAGCCCAAGGGGAAGAGGACAUUGUGGAGGACUUGACUUUUUCUGAUGAUGACUGAGAGCCCUCGCAGCCACCCCCUCCAAGCUUACUCCGUGCAGAGCUGCUGUGUACUGGAUCGUGCAGCCUUCAGCACCUGUAGCUGGUGCUCCCAGAGAUUGGUAGGGGCUGGGGAGCGUGGAGGGCGGGCGCCAGCCCCAGGUGCCACCAAGGACUUCCUCGGUGACACAGCAGAGACGCUACUUGGGACUUUCAAGCUUUUUCUACCAGUUCUGUUUUUUUGGUAACAGUAAAAUUGUGGUCACGUCAAGGCCAGUAAAACUGCUCAGCAUAGGUAAUAAAAAGCCCUCAUUAAAAUCUGCUGCUUUAAAUAGCAUAGGGUUCAGUUUAUGCUGGAGCAUAAGUAAGUGAGUGGACCAAGGGAAGGACAAGUUCUUUUGUCUAAGAGUCCUCCUGUCUGUUCAGCCACCCUGUAUUUUGCUCUGGGGCCCUCACCUAACCCUCCCUUUUGCCAAGAAAUGGGUGAGGAUUGCAGAGUGUUUCAGUGCUUUGUAUUGUCACUGCAAAUGGAAGCCUUUAUCAGUAACAUCAGAAGCAGCUCAGUGCAAUCAAGCUGGCUGUAAGUAAGUACGCUGAAGAAGUUGCCUUUAAGUAAGUAAGUGCCUUAGGAGAUGGGGCGGGGAGGUGGAGACGGGAGGUUGUGCAGGCAGGAAGGCGUAAGAAGAGGCAAAAACUAAUGAUGUAGGACAUGCUUCCAUUUUGGUGAUGGCUGUGGGAUUUGCAUGCGAUACAUUUGCUUAGCAAAAACAAGGGAGACGUCCGAGCCCGUGCUUUGUAACAGCCCUACUGUUAUCCACAGUGACACCAGUCCUAGCUGGUGGGGAACACCAGUUCGUUCUGUAGUGACGACUGCAGGCUGCCUUGGGCACCCGGCCUUUCUUCAUUACCUCGGAACCAACCACUGCCUCACCUGGGCAGCUUCUAGGUGCAGCUCAUGAUGUGUCUGCCUGUAGGAGUGGUGCUUGUGGGAGGACAUUGUGUAGCUCAGGGGGGGGUAAGGGCAAGUUGUGAUCUGCUGGGGAAAUACAAAUGGCUUGAGCCCACUGUUAGUUUGCAGGACUGGCAGCUGGGAAACAUAUUUCUUUGCAAAACAAACUGGAAAUGGAGGGUAUUUGCUGAGAGAGAGGUAGGAAAAGUUAAGUAUUCUUAGGGCGUAUCUGACAGAAUCACUCCUGAAAAUUAACUGUGCCUUUCGGGAGCAUUGUUAUUUGUUAAUGCAGAUUUUUGGAAAAGAAGAUAGAGGGCUAGGACUAAAUAUAAAUACAAUCUUUGUUCUUCUCCGCCACCAGGGUGAGGUCAGUAGCUACCUGUCAGCGCUGGGGUGGCCAAGCUACCUGCACAGGCGUGUUCAUCUCUGCCUUCUGCGCUGCCUACAUGUUCCCCUCCAGGCAGCCUUACUCCUGCACACCACAAGAGGACAAGAUGCUUUUUUAAAAAGACAUUUUAAAAGAACAACCCUCUUCCUUUUUUUUGUUUAAGUAAGUUCUAUUUUCAUGGCGUCAGAAGAACCGCAGCUCAGAAACAUUGCCUUAUUGCAGCUAAAACCCCAUGUACUGUGGCCUGGCUAGUGGUCUCCCUCUCGCCCACAUGUGUAAGUGAUAACAACUCAGUGUAUGUAAAGAGGUAAUUAUGCUCUUCCUGUCCCACACUGAGUGUUGCUCCUUCCCUGCUUCCAGACAUCGUUACCGCACAGGUAAUUGCUGCCGUAGUAUGGUCUUGUGGGGUGUUUGCUUCAUUCAGAGUUUGUUACGUCUUUUUUUUGGAGCUUAGCAGCAGGACUAGGGCUAGAGAGGGUUUCUUUUUUCCCAACUGUGGUUACUGUAAUUACUGUACCUGCCCUUCCUAGCUAUGCAUCCAGAUAGAUACUCCUCAUCCCAUAAGGGGGAGGAAGUAACCUCAGAAAUUAGUAAUUAAGUUUUAUUAUUAUCAUCAUUAUUGUCAUUAUUAUCAUUUAUAGCCCACUCUGAGGGGGCGAAAGCACCUGCUGCUUCAUUAGGGGGUUCAGGAGUGCUCAAGACUGAGCUUCCCUACGGCUGGUAAAGCCCGUGUCUUCAGCAGAUUAUGUAUGGGAGCCUGGACUAUGACUGCAAAGAUGAAAACUGUAAGGCUCUACCUGUAAGAAAAAGGUUUUAACUCAUCUUUUCUUCCACAAGAGAAAGGAGUUGCUUGUUCUCCUUUCUCUAACUUAGCUGGGCAAGGUGCUGCCUGCCUUCAGCAGCUGUGGGCUAACCCUCAGAUCAGCUUUUAGGCCAGGACUGCAGCAGCUCCCACGCACCCCGAGUUACCAACACCAGCGGUGAGGCUCAUGGCCCCAGUGUACGCACAGCGAAGGAAAGGAGACUUCUUGGGUAAAGCAACCACUUGCAAGGAGCUCAGGAAACCAGGUACCAUUUGUAAAUUAAGUGUUUUUCUUUUUUAUUUA